CUUAUUAGCAUCAGGUUCAUAUUUCGUCUCAAGCUUCAUAACACCAUCAUCAUUGACCAAAGUAUUUCAUUUGUCAAGUAUAUAUAUAGGUACGGUAAGUAGAUUUUAUUUAUAUAUCCUUACCGACGUUUGUGCAUGCAUGGAAGCAGGUUUUUCGUUCGUUACUCGGUAUGACAUAAAGACUCUUUUAACUUGAAGAAAAGGUCUUCCUACAAGCUAUUCUAAUCUAUCUUGUACUUUAAUUCCAAACAGAGAGCCUUCCAGGCCCACAUCACGGAACUGUUUCUAAACUAUACUGUUGUGGACAUGACAACCAAUACGCAUUAUAUAAACUGCGCGCUGCCGUGAGACGCAGACUGUAAUGUUCAAGUGAAAAUUCAUUUAUAAAACAACACAAGUCACAACAUACUAACAUAUACUUCGUAAACGCCAGGUACGGUACGUACGUAUACGACAGUGUUGAUCAUGUAGCCAUUGCCUUGCCCUUGGAAGCUUAAAAUAAAUUUUCUAUAAAAGUGUGCAUUUUUACAUUGCAUUGGCUACUAGUACAACUGUACAAGUACAGCUACGUCGACGUUAAUAUAUUUCGACACAGUUCUGGUUUCAACAAUAAUCAACAGUUAUAUUUGUAUUGUAGUAGUUUCUCGGGAUUGAUAAAUUGUUACCACACUAUCAGAAAUUAGAGUAGAACAAUUUAGACUUAGGCCUAUCAAUUUGUUAUUGCCAACUGAAAAUAUGUUUUUCGAGAAAGUUCGCUGAGAAGCAUUAAACGUUAAUCUGUCAUGAUGUGAUCUUACAUCCUUUCUAUAGCACAAUGGAAUUUAAUCACUUUAUCUGUGUUAAUUUUGUAUACAUAUUACUUCUGAUCUUAAGGUGGCUCUCUACAAUUCUCUAAAAUUUAAGUCCAGGACCAUUCCUCUAUCAUUUUAGUUUAAAAGAUGUUUGCUGGAGGUAUUUUGCUGCUGAUUAGCAUUUUGCAGUGGUCUGCAAAGUCAGGUAAAACCCGUAAAAUGAGGUUUGAGAAGUUAUUUCUGUAAACAUUUUGAUUCUGACUCCUCUUUUAUCAAAUUUAUGUUUUGCAGUGUUAUGGAGCUUAAUUAAAAUAGCUCACCAUUACAUACUAUAUGUCAUGUGAUAAUAUUAUACCUCAAAUUCAAGUGUCCAAUCAGAAAGCUAAGUUCGUGCACGUACGUGACAUAACAUUUAUCAUCGAAUCACGUCUUGCGUCAUCGUAGUUGACGUAGUGGGUGAUUUCAGUCAUAUCACACAGUGACACAGGGCGAUUUGAUCAUAUCACCCGGGUGAUUUGAUUGGCGUAAACCACGCGCGGCGAUCACAAAUUAUUAAGUUUUCAAACUUCAAAGAAAGCUAUUUUAUUUUUUAAUUAUGUGAUGCAAAUUUUGAAAAAUCAUCAUAUUCCAAACUAUAUGUGAUUCGAAAUAAAAGUGACAAAUCUUGCGUUAAUUAAAAAAUAAAACAUCGUAUUCACGAAGGUAUAUGGCAAGUUUUAUAUUCUCAACUUGGGGGCUUUUAAUUUUCGGAAUAAUAUAUCAUAUUAUAUCAUUUAUAGAUUCUCCGCUCGGGGGAUUCGGCAAAAUAUUACCCUCGUGAUGAUAUUAUCACUUCGGGUAAUAUUUCGCUGAAUCUCCUCAGUCAACUAGGUCUAUAAAUGAUAAAUAUUUAAUAUGAGUCGUGUUUUUUGCUUGUGAAAGUUAUUUUUAAAAAGCUGAGGAAAAAUGCCGUCUGGGUCUCAUUAGCUUGCAUGCACCAUAUUGAAAAAUACUGAAUCUUUUUAUAACCUGACAUGGGAAUACAUGGAGUGCGCAAUAGUACUAAUCAUACUACACGCGAUGAAACCCUCAAAGCGACAACGCUUAAUGACUGACUCGUCCCCAGUCGCUUACCUAACGCGCGUUGAAUUACCCAACGCGCUGAAUGCGUUACUAAGCAGUGUUAGGGACGCCUCGGGGCAUUUCUAUGGUCCUUUGCGUUAUAAGCAGUGUUACUGAGGGACUGUGGAAGAGUCAGGCUUAAUGACAGGCUUAAAGAUAUAGCACAUUUUUUUUAUUUGCUUCUCAAGAUUGAUUGGUAAUUAAACCACUUGUCACAAUUAAUGAUUACUUUUCUAUAUUGGUCUAUAUUGACUAUCAGCCCUAAUCAACUGUUAUUUUUGCUGCCUUCGGUUAAUGUAUUUUUUCAUUAUACUAUUUUAAAUAUGAUAUGCAGUCGCGAUAUAUUCGAAUGCGCAAGUUGUUGACCAAGGUGGUACCUGAAUUUAAUUUAUCCUAGCAUUGGCCAUUUGCCCGAAUUUCCAUGGUUUCCUAAAGAUUUUUUUUUAGGAGGGGAGCAAUUGCACCUAUGUUUUUCACUUUAGAUCGUUACACUGUGCGUGCCAAACAGCUAAUUCCAUAUGCAUGUAAUUGCGCGAGCAGUGCGUGCAAGGCACACCUCAUUGACCUCAACAGCGGCACCUAUUAACCUCAUUAAAAAACAGUUGACUAAAAGUAUUUCAAUAUUUCAUUGUUUAAUCGAAUACGCCUUUCAGCAAUGGGUUCCACCAACUGUGGUUCCACCUAACAAUUUACGCGCUGCAUUGUUGAAAACUGGUUAGGCUAUAUUUUAUAUAUAUAUAUAUAUAUAUAUAUUAUCAGUUUUAGUCGUUCUCCAGCAUUUUUGUAUGAAAGUUAUAUAGACUAUAAAAUAGUCGUCAAAUACGAACUGUUGUAAUUAGGGUUGGGCGAUAUUAAAAAAAUCGUCUCACGAUUAUUGUCAAGCAAGUUAUCAAGAUAUUCGAUAAUAUCGCGAUAAAUGCAAUACAAACAUGACCACAUUUUUCAAUUUUAAUUAAUAUCAAAGCGGUAUUAUAGUAAGUUAUAAUCUUAUUAAAAAACAAGUAAAAACAACAAAUUAAAGUAAUAUGAAGGCUUUUUCUAGUCUAAUAUUUACUGUUCAUAAACCAGAACUGUAUAUGCAUUGUCUACUAUGUCUCCGCUGGCACAAAUGCUGUGGGCACACGGCCCAAGCAAAGCCUGCAAUUUCAUUGUUCAGUGGAUUAAUACAUAAAUAUUAGCUUUUGUGGCGCACUAAAUUCGUAUUUAAUUCAGGAAAUAGUUUUAAUUCUUUUAAGAACUAUAUUUUCUAGGAACUGAAACAAUUUUUUAGGAUUUUAUGUACACAUGCGCAGCAAGAUCACGAUAGUCUUCGACCAUGACGAUAAUUUCGAUAUAUCGUCGCUCAAGUUUCUACCUUCGAUACGAUAAUCGCGAUUGAAAAUAUCGCGAUAAAUCAAAAUAUCGCCCAACCCUAGUUGUAAUGCCUAUAGACGCGCCCGUUGAAGAGAAAGCUGAAAUUUGCAACAUUUAUUUAUAGGGAGCAUUAUAUUUGUAUUGCAAGGAACGUAAAGAAAGUAAUUGUCUACUAAACUCCAGCGCCGGAUUUGCGCUAAUUUGUAAUUUUUUUCCAAAAUUUAUCACUUGUUUUGCUCUGUUAUCGUAUUCCCAUGGCAUUGGUCAAUUCUCAGAUUAUACUGGUUUAGUGCUUCCUAUGUAGCAGCUGCAAAGAACUCUUGUUACAUUUUUUGGUAAUCCUUUCUAUUUUCUAAGAAACCUAUUGAAUAUUUGAAUAUGCUCUAAUAUUUGCUAAUUUCUUUUUCUGGUAUUCUGUGCUCGCAGCACCUGCCUCUGCUCGAUUAAUAGACUUUACUAAACUAUCGCUAUUACGGGAUGAACCACCAGCAACUUCAUGCACCAACAAUCUGGUUCCGUGGCCCUGGGCCAAGCUUGAAAACUUGAUCCAUCAUAACAGAUAUUAUAUGCAUGGUCGAUUGAGAAUGACGUAUUUUGGAAACCCUGUAUUUGUAAAAGUUCUAUACUGAAUCUUGAUUUGACGUUUGUGUUUUGCCGUUUGACGUUGAAGGCCUGAAGGGUGGCCUGAAGGGUGGCCUGAAGGGUGGCCUGAAAGGUGGCCUCAAAGGUGGCCUCAAGGGUGGACUCAAUGGUGACUCAACCGUUCAAACGUGAACUGUAUUACUGUAUACGUCAAACGUCAAGUAGAGCCUAUAACGAAAUGCAUCAAUUACUAUAUUGCUAUAUAGGUUUUCAAUUUAUCCUUAUUGCAUACAAUUGCUACAGUAUGUUACUAUGUUGUUAAACAGUAAAUUUCGUCUUUCGAGGUAAAUUUUUAAAUUUAAAAUUUUACCAUUUAGUUUCGUUACAACUCUCAAACCACAAAUGUAUAACUGAAAGUGGAAAGAUUUACACCAACGGUUCAGUUUUUACUGACAACGAAUGUACAACAAAAUGUGAAUGUUUGGACGACAGUGUUAUCUCGUGUCAGCCCAUGUGUUUAGUCACGAAAAACGAUAAUUCUUGUGCGAAACUGAAGAUCGCUUAUACGCCGGUUGGCUUACCUGAUGCUCAAGGAAGAUCUUGUUCAUGUCCAUCCUUCAUUUGUGAACCAGGUAUCACUCAUUAUAUAUAAGACGGAAACUUCAGCAGCAGCAACAGCAGCAACAGCAACAACAACAACAACAACAACAACAACAACAACAACAACAACAACAACAACAACAACAACAACAACAACAACAACAACAACAACAACAACAACAACAACAACCAACAACAACAACAACAACAACAACAACAACAACAACAACAACAACAACAACAACAACAACAACAACAACAACAACAACAACAACAACAACAAUAACAGCAGCAGCAACAACGAGAAUUAACAACAACAACAGCAACAACAACAACAACAACAACAACAACAACAACAACAACAACAACAACAACAACAACAACGACGACGACGACGACGACAACAACAACAACAACAACAACAACAACAACAACAACAACAACAACAACAACAACAGCAACAACAACAAUAAUGAUCAUGUGUGUUCAGUGGGAGACUCCCAAGAAUCAGACGGUUGUCUAACACAAGUGAUCAUUUCUGUCCGACUUAGAACAUGAUCACAUCCACGAAGAAUUAUUUGUUUCUUUAUAUUUUUGGGAAGUAUUUUUUAUUAUAUGUUUUUUUUUAUCGAUGACCCACUGUUAUUGCUAUAUGAAGCUGGAUAUGAGAGAGUUAAUGGGAUAUAAACCACUGAAAUGAAUUCUGAUUGAGUGAGUAUAGGUGUGAUCGUGUGCUACAAAGUAUUAUCAUGCACUUCUAUUUAGAUUUCUGUUCUGAUGGCGGGAAAACUUAUAAACCUGGUGAUAGCUUUAUUUCUGCUGACUGUUCUAGUUCAUGUGUUUGCGGUGCAGGGGGAAGUGUAUCCUGUGUGAGUCUGUGUCCACCGACCUAUGUCCAAUGUGAUGUGGAUGAGGUGAAAAUUCAAUAUUCACGUAAAAUUGCCAAUAGUGAUUGUACAUGUCCAGAUUGGAAAUGUGUGAAAGUAAAACGGACAGGUAAAUAGUAAGAUUUAAAUAUAUAAAAUUAUAAUAUAGCAUUUUGUAAAUUCUGAACGCUGAUUGGCUAAGAGCCGUGUUGAAAUAAUUCAAUGUCAAACGGAGAAUUUCUUUCUUUAUAUUUCAUUGUGCUAUAUUAUAAAAAAAAUAGAACAUUUUCCCGUAUUGAUAUAUCAACACUUGUGGAAAUUGGGAAAACUCGAAAUUGUGUGAAAACACUCCGCCCUCGGGGCGACGUGUGUUUCCACACAAUUUCUCGUUUUCCCAAUUUCCACUCGUGUUGAUAUAAUUUAUAUAUCAUAUAUAUAUAAUUUGUUAAAUAUUAUAUAUAAUUUGUUAAAUAUUAAAAGAAACAUUACAAAAGAAAUAUUAGAGUAGCAGUGGCGAGUGCUCAAUAUAUACGAUAUAUAUAAUUCUAUAAAGAUAGCCUGCGUAUAGCUGGCGAUUUGCGUAUAGCUAGCGAUUUGGGUUGGGAGUAAAAUCCCGCGCCUCGCCUCCAUAAAUCACGUGUCCACAAUGGCAAUAAGAAUAAUUUAAUUUUAGUUUUAUAUAGGGAUCAUAAUUGCAAGCGAAAUGGCCAUAGUGCAUUAGUGCUUCGAUCGAGAACCUUUAGAAUAUCGAUAAAUACAUUCUGUAUUUUCAAAUUUUUAAGCAAAACUUUAAUGACCACGAUAUAAAGUUACAACUUUACUACAUGCACUUAUUUAAUACGAUACAAUAAUUUUACAUGCACUUAUUCAACCUCGUACCAUGCAGGGUUAGCCGCGAGUUGAAGGCAGUCGCUGCCACUUUGUUGGUUGGCGCUUAUUUAACACGAUACUGUAACUCCUGUAAUAACGUAUACAGUUAUUUCAACAUUUUUGUAACAAACGUUUUCGUUUAGUCAUCUGUAAAUGAGGUAGCACAAUUUUAUCAGAAAGUGUUAGGCAAGGUUUAUUUUCAGGUUUCUUUGUCCUAAAACUGUACAAGACAAAGCAAGGACCACGUGUUAAGCACCGUCCAAUCAGCAACAAGGGAAUGAUUGAAGUGAUUCCCUCUCAUAUUAACUUUUAUAAAAUUGAUCUGGCAAUUUGAAAAACUAACAAAAUUAAACUAACAGAAGAUCUAUUUCCCUGAUACAAAGCCAGUACAACUGACGGAGGUCGCAUGCAUCUAAAGCCAAUGGCAAUGGGCUCGAGCCAUAGCCUUUAGCUUUUUCACAUCUAGUGCCAACUUUGUGUGUCUAUGUGUCUAUAUAUACUCCAUUUUUAUAUUAUUUUUGGACGACUCAUCGCAAAAUAAUCGUGAAUUGCUAAGCUAAGCUAAGCUAAGCUAACCUAAGCUAAGCUAAGCUAAGCUAAGCUAAGCUAAGCUAAGCUAAGUCAAGAAUAUUAUUUUUCGCAUAUUUUUUUAUAUAGUGCAAGAUCAACUACCAGCGACAACGACCCAACCACGAAAAAUAAAGAAACAGCAAUGUGCGUCUACAAAUGGAAAGAUUUACGCCGUUGGUCAAGAGUUUACUGACAUCAAUUGCAGUUCUCGAUGUCAAUGUAAAGACGAUGGUGUACUUACAUGUAUGCCUCUGUGUAUGGUCUUGCCUGAAGACAGUUUCUGUGCUAAACAAAAUAUUGUACAUAUUCCAAUCAAAUUGUCUGAUGCUGAAGGCAGAAGCUGUUCGUGUCCAUUAAUCAUGUGUGAAGCGCAUGAAGUCAAGGAACAAGUUCACAUUAAUAUUAAUGGUACCACCUAUAAGUUUAUUUUAAUACCUACAGCGGUUUCAACCUUACUAUAUGUUUUGUACCAAGUACCAAUGAGUUAAAGCACUGUAUGAUAUUGCGUAGCUUAACAGUUAGAAACUCUGUACUGAAAGUGGUAAUGUAAAUUAGUUCCCUUUUUGGCGUCAUACUGCUAGACGCCAUCAGCUGUCGACUAUAUAUAGCCGGACGGGAAUCUGUGGUCGAUCGGGAAAUGCAAGGAUUCACGUCUUUGGAGCUUGCGGGAUAACAUUUGUUUACACUAAUGCCCAUGCGUGAAUGGUUCGAUCGUGGAAAACACGAGCAUGCAUCAUGCAUAGGGAAUUUCCAAGUAUUACUUAAAACCGGUGUGUUUACGCUUAUGUCCAUAAAUGAUAUACUCAUGUUUUAACCGCAAUUCGUAAUUUCGACUGUGAUGGGAUUAUUUCUCUUUAUGAGAAAGUUGGUCGGUUUCACAGCGGAUUAUGUCCUCCCCCGUAGGAUGGCUAACGCUGAGCGAUCCUUGUUCAUUUUCAUCCUCAUUCUAGUCCAUGUUCAUUGUCACCAUCCAAAAAAUCACCUCACUAGGAUGAUGUCUCUAGCUUGCACGAAAUUCCUGAUCAGUGCCUAACGUUCACGUGACUGGGACUUUACGUUCAACAUUACAGCAACUCUACAAUAAUGAAACAGAAUCUCUUCAAUUUCUCUUUUUAUCUAGAAUUCUGCUACGAUGGUGGAAACAAGUAUAAACCAGGAGAUCGUUUUAUUACUGCUAUCUGUGAUGGUUCGUGUGUUUGUGGACCAGGGGGGACUGUAUCUUGUGUCAGUUUGUGUCCACCUAAAGAUAUUAGAUGUACUGUAGAUGAAGAGAAAAUUGAGUUUUCACGUAAAAUUGCCAACAGCAACUGCACGUGUCCAGCAUCGAAAUGUGUGACAAGAGAAACGAGAGGUUAGAAUAACUACAAGAUUUACUUACUCCCAGGCUCUUCCCUCUUGUGUUGGAUUUACCAUCAGUGGCGUAACGCAACCGCUGGGGGCCCUCCGUCAAUCGGCCACUUUGGGCCCCUUUACUCCACUAAAAAUAGGCUCCAAAAAUUUUUCUCGGAACAAUUUAUUUUUGGCGACCCCCCCCCGUCGCCAAAAAAUUUUUGGACAUUGUACCAUUUUAGGGGUCCAAAAUUUUUUCCGGACAUACCCAAUGAAAUUGCAAUUAAUUCAUUCUAGUAUCUCGUCCUUUACCUCAGCCGCGACGUACUUAAUCGUCGUAAUUAAUGUUUUUUUUUUAUUCAAUUCAAUUCAAUUAAUUCAAUUCCCCAGAAAUGUGCUAUCAAAUUUUUUAAGGUCAUUUUUGUCGGGGGCCCCUAAAGUUUGGGGGCCCCCCGUCACUGGACACCCUGACACCCUCCCGUUACGCCACUGUUUACCAUUUUAGCAGAAGUGCACUCUCCUCCUGCAGCGACUUUAUGCAUGUAUAGAGUUUACCGAACUGAGUAUAUAAUGACAUGGAAGACGACAUGGACCGCAAUUUUUAUUUGCAAUAGUAUACUUAGUGCUUGGUCUGCUAAAGCCGACCUCUUUUGAUCACUUUUGCCUUGAUAUAUUGUAUAGUAAGGAAGCAAAUCAUUGACUCAAACAUAUAACUUUUAUAACACAUGUUUACCGUUGUAAAUAGGACAUCACUUCUAUAUAUUAUGUCUUGUUUAGAUGUUCGCUCUGGGCAGGAGAUUAGUGUUUGUAUUAUUGGUGAUAAAGUUUAUAACACUGGAGAUAUUUUAAUUUCCACUGACUGUACACAUUGUACAUGUAUAUCGGGAUAUCUUUGGUGUGAAGAACUGUGUCCAGUUAGUGACAUAACUUGCAAACCUGGUGAAAUGAAGAAACAAUGGAGCGAGCAAAUUCCUGAUAGUAAAUGUUCUUGUACAAGAUUGAAGUGUGUCAAGAAAGCUGAUGGUAUAAAUGAUUUGUUUUAUAGUGGCACUGAUUACUCUCUAUCUAUCAAGGUUUUUAAGAAGUAAAAUCGUCUGUCAUUAGCCAGAGUAAAAGGAGCAACGUUGGUAAAACUGCCGGUUAUUGGAGAUCGCAUUUGAUCGCACUUGUGUCGGUAUAGUAAAAUUGUCUGGAAUCAGGUCAAAGUAAAAUAGAAGUACGAUCGAACAGUCCCUGUAGUAGAUAAAACGUUAAACCGCGUUAAUCUGAAUGCCAUCCGAAACACGUAUAGUUUUGGUAUUGUUCGAUGUGCCCCUCCCCGGAAAAAAAAGGAAAUGGAACCAGUCAAACACGAAUAAUUGUCACAACCCAAUUCAAAAUAGGCCAAUGUCAGAGGAAUUUUCCUUAACCAUUUAUUUUAUUUCUUAGAAUUCUGUGAGUUUUUUGGCGAAAGACACAAAGUCGGAGAGUUUUUCAUACCUAAAGACUGUUCUGGAUACUGUCGAUGUAAUGAACCCACAUCUUUUAUAUGUUCAUCUUUAUGUCCGCCGGUAGGUAUUUACUGUAUACCUGGUACACGAAAAGUACGAACAGUUACACCUGUUGGGCGCAAUUGUACUUGUCCUUACUGGAAAUGUGUCAAAGGUGAGUUUUAUUUUAAUACUUAAUUUGUCAAAGCAUAUAUAACAAAAAAGAAAAAGUCCAGAAUGUUAAUGCUUCCUUCUUUACCUAAUUUGUUAUUUCGUAUUUAUUCCCGUAAUUCAUGCAAACUACAGUACAGGGUGUCUCAAAAAAGUGAACCUUUAGAAAUCACCCUUUUCCCACCGGGCACACGACGUUGUUUCAACGUUGAAAUUUGGCAGAAAAAAGGUUGCGACGUCGACAACCUAAUAUCUACGUUGCUCUGACGUUGUUUUACAAACAUUGGUUCAACAGCAGCCAACAGACGUUGAAUUAACGUUCAUUCAUGGUUAAAUGUACGACGUCGAUUUGUGAACCAAUCUCAACGUUGUUUUAACGUGGAUUCAACGUUGAAUUAUGGUUGACGAGAUUGGCAACCUAAUUUCAACGUUGUUUCAACGUCGAAACAGUAACGUCGAUCCAAUUUGCAUAGUCAACCCUUUUUCAACGUCUAUCCAACGUCUGGAAGGUCAUUUCCAACGUUGAUUCAACGUUGGAUAAACGUCAUUUUGCCCGCUGGGUUGUUAUUAAACACCUAAACUCGAUUCCAUUGUGUUUACGCACCCAUGGGUUCAGUAUAGGACUGAGGCAUUCAAAUUAUAACAAUAAGGUGAAUUUCUAAAGUUCACUUUUUUGAGACACCUUGUAUAUGUUUUCAGCGUAUUGGUUUGACUAUGCAAUUAAUGACAAGCGUUGACAUCUGAUCACCACAUAAGAAAACCUUACGGUCUAAUUGAACGUCGAUUAGGGACAAAAGGAAAAAAGGAAAGGAAAACAAAAGAAAAAAAGUCGUGCAAAGAAGAAAUCAAAGAAAACUAUCAGUAAAAUUCCGCAAAAAAUUCCUGCACAAGCAGCCAAGCAGAAACAAAUUUCGUGCAAGCUCAAAACUACUCCCCCCCCCCCCCCCGAUCACUUUUUUAAUGGUCCGCCCUUUAGCUGAAACGUAGCUAUAUAUUCUCACUGCUCGCUUCCCCGCACGCACGAUACCUUUAACAGCUACUGUAGAAGGAAUAUUGAGAUUGGGGUUAAAUAAUUUUCAGCCAAAGGUAGAGUGCGGGGAAGCCAGCUCCGAAAAUGUCGCAGCCGAGGGGAGGUGGGAGGUGCAGUACACAUGCAGUUUUUUAUCUAAAUAACUUUUCAUAUUAUGACGAUUGACGAAUUCAAUCAACAUGCAAUUAAAGUGUGUAAUAUUGAGCUCUUAAGUAUUGUGUAACGUGCCGCGUUUAACGAAUUUUGCAGAAAAGCACGAAAACGUUCUUUAUUUACAUAGUGGAGAACAUGUGGCGUCCUUGGUCAAAUUGGACAGAAUGUGAUGCGGAGUGUGGUGGUGGCCUGCGCUUUAGAUUCAGAACAUGCAUGAAAAAUCAAAAAUGUUUCGGACCAAGAGUAGAAACAAAAGUCUGCAAUGUAGCACCAUGCAGUCCAUGUGAGUAUCAUUAAUAAACUAAACUGAACUACACUAAAUUAAAACUAAUCUAACUUCAUUUGAACAGGAUAUAGCUCUGUCAGUUUUAAAUGGUUUUUAGAGAUCCAGUAAGGGCAACUCUUUACUAUUAAUGUAAUGUUACGAAAGAAGGAACCCCCAUGGAAAAACACUAUUUUAACUUGAUUCCCGUAUCGAACUAUAUGAGGCAGAUGUGAUAUUAACCCAGACAAAUGUAUUGCAACUCCCUGUUAUACAUGCUGUUUACAAAAUACAUGUUUCCGUGUUGUGACCAUGUAUCACGCGGCAGGUGGUAGGAAAAUGAACGUUGAGAGACUAGGAACAUUUUCAGUUUUUCAUACACUCCAUACAUACUUCAUCUGAGGAUCUUUAAGGUCCUUUUCAUCUGCAAUUUUUGCUGCGACGUUCUUCUUCAGAUGGAUGUGAACGAGUGGAUGAGUUAUGAAUGUUUAUAUGAGGGUACAUCCAGGGACGCCGGAACUGGGGGGGGGGGCAGGAGGGGCAGCGGCCCCCGUUGCCCUUUACCAGGAGGGGCAAGGGGGGCAAAGGUGCCCUUUCAAUUUAAAGGAUUGCCUUUGCGAAAUAGAGAAUUGUCAGAAAAGCUAGUGCAAUUUUUUACGAAUCUGCUUCAGAAAACGCAAGAAAUGCAGUCAUCGAGCUUCAAGAAUAGCACAAUCGCCUGGCAGAGAACCCCCUCACACCCCUAUCAUCCAAUAAAUGGAAAACAUGAUUAGGCGAAGUUCAACUCCCGAUGUUUUGCAAACAUCUCUUAGUAUAUAUCAAUUCAAAAGUGCCCUUUCACGAAAAUCUGCCCCCUUGCCUUCACAUCGUUCCGGUGUCGCUGGACUGCAACGAAUGUCGACGUUUGCGACCCAUAAUAGCCAAAAGUAAUCGAGUAUCCAUACAGUAACGUUUUAACAAAUAUUGCUGCCCAACCUCGUACCCAGGCUCUUUUCACUACGCGCUUCGCUUUAAAAAAGUAACAUAAGAACAAAAUAAUUAAGAAAAUAGCGAGGCGCGUAGUGGAAAGAGCCCGGGUACGAGGUUGAUGCUGCCCAGAAAAAUUAAGUCUGAGAAGCAAGUGCCCUUUUGAAAUGGCUGCCCCCGCCGCUUCACAUUUCUUCCGGCGCCCCUGGAUACAUCAGUGAUAUCCGUAUAUGUACUUCGAACAUUCGUAACUCAUCUACUCGUUCACAUCUAUCAGAAGAAGAAAAUCGCACUAGAAAUCACAGCAAAAGUUACAAGUGUAAACGGGCCUUAAGGAAUAAUCAUAUACUUACCACUCUUUGAGAUGUUUUAUGCACUUUUGAGAAACAUUUGAAAAAGGCAAAUUUAAGAUCCAAUGAACAUUAAAUGGCAUAAACGCUUUUUCUUCGACUGCAGGCUGAAACGAUUCCGGGUUAUUUUUCGUAUCAUAAUUAUUAUUUGGUUGUUGUUUUCAUACUUGCUAUAGAGAGGUUCAGAUUUGACUUCCACUACCGCCACUCUGCACUACCGCUAACACUACCUCUCACUGGCUUAGUAUCCAUCUGAUCCUGAUUGUUUAAUGGUCCCUUAAUGGUAGCGGUAGUGCCGUAGUGGAAGACAAAUCUGAACGUCACUAAUAUCCAUAUAAUUACGUAUACCUUAUGUUAGCACUAUACCUUCAAUCGUAAUUUCAGCAUAUACUGGUGCUCCAUGUGGUGCACUGAGAAUAAAUUCGGCAGAAGGUGACAUUUGGCCUCGUUGUGAUGAUCAAGGUUACUUCGAACCUCUGCAGUGUGACCCCAGUAGGAGCGAGUGUUGGUGUGUUGACAGAUUGGGCAAUGUGAAGCCAGGAUCAAGGCGUAUUUCACAGAAACCUCAGUGUGGCAACAGCGGCACUCUACAAGGUAAAGCAAGAAAAAGCUUAUAAACCAUAUAGUUAAUCUGUGAGUAAAACGACUGGCUACCUAUAGGCUAUCAAUCAAUUUUUCAUUGACAAGUUUUAAAACUGUCUACGAUACCCGAUAUUUCAAAAGCGAAUUUCAAAAUAAUCGUGAUUGAUAAAUUAAUAGCAAUGGCUUUUCGAAGAUGAGUACAAUUACUUGUCACGUUUUCCUGGAUGAAAAGCUGCCAUAACCGGAUACCUGCACUCUGCAGCUUUGCCUUUGGAACACGACUCCUUGUCAAGGAAAAACUUGUCAAUUGUGGCUGACUGACGAAUGAAUAGAACUUGCAUCAUCAUGCUCGUCUGUACGAGGAACUCUUCACAGUAACAGAGCAUCAAGCACGCCUCGCUAAUUUUAACAACUCAUCCUUCUAGCAAAACCAAAAAUUUAGUAACACUAACGAUCGCGAUUAUUUCUAUUUUUUAGUUUCUUCUAAACCAUGAAAGAACAUCGUGUCCCAAAGGAUGAAAGCAUACAGCACAGGAUACAUUUUGGAGUAUACCGAGUAUAUAGACCUUCAUUUCUCAGAUUUCUUAGAUUUUUUAUGAAUUGUAUACAUGCAUGAAGAGUAAUGUAGUUAUACUAGUAAUGUUACAUUUGCGCUUAUUAUACUUAGUGAUUUUACAUUUUAAAACAUGAAAUGAUUACCUGUUUUAUGUAAAAUUACAGUUUAAUUUCUGAACAAAGGCAACAUUACACGAGUGGCUACCAUAUAAUACCUAUCAUGUAAUUAUUAUUCUGUAUUGCAAACUGACUUUAAAAGAAAGAACGAGUGGCAUGUAUGAUUGACGUGCUGACCUUAAAUCGUAAUGUUUGAAAAAUCAUGUAAGUAGAGUUUGGUUGGUUCUCUCCUCUACGAGGUUUUUCUCCUGGUCCUUCGGUUUUCCUCUCUCACUAAAGGCCAUUUUCCAUUGCAGUCGCUUUGCCCGCGCGGGCGGAGCGACCAAUUUUAAUCACGUGAAAAGAACUACAGAGAAAGUUGAGUAAUGUUCGCUCCGCCCGCGCGGGCAAAGCGACUGUAAUGGAAAGUGGCCUUAACGCACCAAAGUAAACGGAUCUGACCAAAUCCAGUCAAUUGGGGCUAUUGGUGCAAUAUCUUAUAUUCCGAGCAACUGUAGCGUCGUGUGAGGCUCUGGGUAAAGCUAGGACGAAUUUUUCACUAAAAUCAACUGAAUCAAAAACUGAUUCAGAAAAGAUCGUGACCCUAUCUUUGCAACCGUUACGACCAUAUCGUACUGAUAUGGUCGUAAGAACAAGGAAAUUAGGACAUGGACAGCAAGAACUGGAAAUUAGGUAUAAUUCAGAGAUACUUUGACAGUGACUUAGGAUAAAUCGGGCUGAGACGACGGAAUGUGAAGAUUUCGGGGCUGCUUGCCAGCAGGACCGCCAAGAGGUUGCGCGGAGCCCGGGGCAAAAAUUUCCCAGGGGGCCCUUAUGACGUCAUAAGUGUAAAAUGAGAGAAGUGGUGUUUUACAAUAUAUUACACUUUAUUGCAUAGGUAAGCAAUCUUGUAUCAAAAAAUUUAAGGGUCUUCGUUGCCCCCCGCUUUAUUUUGAACUGGGGGCCCAGGGCAAAGUGCCUUCCCCCUUGAUGGCCUUAGCUAUCAGAAUGUAUGAUUAAUGCCAUGUUUGAACAUGCACUGUGGCCAUCCAGCUUGAUAGUUGUCUGUUUGCAUUAGGCCUCUCAUGCACGCCAUAAAAAUUGAAUGUCUACAUUCUACUUUCGUGCACCCAUGACUAUAUAAUAUAUAUAGCUAAUAACACAUUACUUGUAUAGGUCCCUUGUCCCACCCAGGUAAAGCAACCGUAAGAUUUACCUGUUAGAAAUGUUAAUAUAAACAUUUACAUGUAAUUAUAAUUUUUAGUAUAGAACAGCUUAAUUCAAAUUCCCAAUUCUUUAAAAAUCAGGGGAAUUUGACAACAAUCACUCAGCUAUAGCUAUUUCUAUGUAGACAGAAGAAGUGCUACUACAUGUAUAACACCAUUUAAUAAAGUUUACCCAUAUAAGUAUAAUAAUAAUAAUAUAAUAGUGCUAUUCAUUCUUGGUUUGACUUUCACUGUUAGUUUUGACAUUCACUGAUAAAGUUACUCAUUAUUAGUAGCUUGACUUUCACCAAUAAGUUCAGUAGUCUUGAGAAAAUCAACCAUUUUGUUGAUAUCAUCACUAGAUACCAAAUUCAAGCUCUCUCUUGGAAUUCGACUGCUGAGGAAUGGACUGGGUUGAACACCAGUGUUACUUGUUACAAAUCUAAACAUCGUUUCCACUGAUUCAGCUUGCUCGUCUGGUUCAACUUUGGACAACUCAUCCCACGUGAAGAGCAGAGGAUCUGUUAUGUUUCCAAAAGGAUUAAAAUCCACCAGUUUUAUUACUUGACUUGACUUGAGGUAUAUAUCAAAUACAUAACUAUUAUCUGGAAAUUUGCCACAUAUCUUUUUCUGAAAAAAUUCCUUGAUCCGGGAGUGUAUUUCAUCAUAGUUUUGGGCAAUAUACGGGUAAUGACUGGCUGUGUCACGUUGUGAUAUGGCUAUUAUAUGACCUUUCUUAACGAAACAACGAAACUCUGUUGAGGAAGAUAUUUCUUGCCACUUUCUGAGAACCAAGACAAAUCCAGAUGAUUCCAUCAAGGUGUUAUCUUCCCCAUCUUCACAUUUUCUGAAUGGAUGAUUAAUAUCAUGACUUACUCUAUCUGAGCUAUUCAACAGUAAGUAUACAUCUGAAGCAGUUGUGCACUUCAAAGUGCCAUUGUAACUAAUCCAAGCAGCAUCUCUGGGAGCACUCCAGUUUAGUUUAGGAAAGGCUUCACCUCCUAGGUCUUUUAUAGCAUCUUCAAUUUUCUUUGUAAGCUCAGUAAAAUCUGGGGCAGUUGCCGUUGCUGUGUUGCAAUCGUCUGCUGCUGUCCAAUCUUCAGACUCAGAAUCACUGUCACAUUGUAUUCCCUCCUCAUUUUCAUUGCCUGGCAAUACGACGCCAUCUUGAUUUAAAUAGUCAAUAAAUUCAGCUUGAAGAGGAAUUAUUUUGCUUCGUAUUGAACAGUUUUUGAAACCAUUAUACCAAGUCGGGAGUUGACAAUUCAGGACGUGUUUCUGUUUCAUGUUUCAACUUUAUAAAUGACUAUUCUCUUUCCAUUUUGUAAACACUUUAAUAUUUGCUACACGCAAGAAGACCAGAAAAUGAUGCAAUAACGCACAGUAAUUU